AUGCUUUCUGUUCGCUCUUCUGUGCCGCGGGCUUCCCGGGGCAUAAGGGCCUCCAAAAUAAUUGCUACAACUCAACGGAACCUAGCAUCGGUAUCGCCAGUCAACGCUGUUGCUCGAAACCACAAGGUCGUGGUGGUCGGAGGUGGUUCGGCCGGCUUAAAUAUCAGCCACCAGCUACUGCGGUCGGGCAAAUUCGCACUUGGUGAUAUUGCUAUCGUCGAUCCAGCGAAAUGGCAUCACUACCAGCCUGGCUGGACUCUUGUCGGCGGAGGCUUAAAAACAAAGCAAGAGCUGCAGAGGCCCUUGGGCAGCUUGGUUGACCCUAAGAUCAAGCUCUACAACGAAGGAGUGGGCGCGUUCAACCCUGCGGACAACUCUGUACAACUCGACAGCGGCGAUAUCAUCAACUACGAACACCUGGUCGUUGCACCUGGUAUCACCCUCAACUUUGGCAGCAUUCAAGGGCUGUCCGAGGCCCUUGCAGACCGAGACUCGCCAGUGUCAACUAUUUACAGCUACGAGACUUGCGACAAAGCCAAUGAGACUAUUAGCAAGCUCCAAAAAGGAAGAGCCAUUUUCACACAGCCAGCAGGCGUCAUUAAGUGUGCUGGAGCUCCGCAGAAGGUCAUGUGGCUGGCCACAGACCGUUGGAGGCGUGCGGGUCUAUACAAUCCAGGGAACCCUUCCGACUCAGCAAUCCAGGUUACCUUUGCAACCGGCCUUCCUACCAUGUUUGGAGUACCAAAGUAUGCCGCAAAGUUGGAAGAACUCCGCAAAGACAGGGGCAUCGAGGGCCUUUUUCAGCACGACCUAGUCGCCAUUGACGGCAACACGGCGACUUUCAACCGCGUCGAUACCAAGGAGCAAGUGAAGAGGCAUUUUGAACUGCUGCACGUGGUGCCCAAGAUGGGGCCCCAUGCCUUCGUCAAGGACAGCCCACUGGCGAACGAGGCCGGAUACGUGGACGUCAACGAGGCCACCACCCAGCACAAGAAAUAUGCCAACGUGUGGUCGGCCGGCGACGCUUCUAGCCUGCCGACCUCCAAGACAACGGCCGCAAUCAUAUCGCAGUCGCCAGUCCUUGUUCGCAACCUUCUGCAAUCCCUCGAGAGCAAAGAGCCUGAUGCUGUGUACGAUGGCUACACGUCCUGCCCGUUGUUGACCCAGUACGGCAAGGUGCUCCUGGCCGAGUUCAAGUAUGGUGGACAGCCCAAGGAGACGUUCGGAAAAUGGUUUGGUAUCGACCAAGCGACCCCUCGUCGCGCUUUCUAUCACUUGAAGAAGGACUUCUUCCCUUGGGUCUACUACAAGUCAAUGGUGAAGGGAACUUGGGGAGGUCCCAAUGGCUGGCUCAAUUGA